AUGGAUGAACUCGAACAACAACAACCAGACCAUACGACUGUUAUUGGAAUGCAGGUCAAAGCAGAAAGUAAUGGUACUACAGGAUCGCAUGUUACAACAGUACCUGUUACAACAUACAUGCCAAGCGAAGCUCUUGUACCAAUGCCCGUUCUCCCGCAGUCUGGCGCUAUUAUUGUUGGGCCUGGAGCUAAGAAAGAGGCUCAACUACUCGGGUUGGGCCUUGUAAAAUUGCGCAGCAAGCAGAAGGAUUGGUUAGCAGAUGCAAAAAAAUAUGCUAAAGAACAGUCAAUCAAGCAAGUACUUCUCAGACAGACACUUGCACACCAGCAAAAUCAACAAAAAGUGGCAAUGUAUGCACAGGCUUUAUCUCUUAUGGCACGUGUUUAUAUUGGUUCGAUCAGUUUUGAAGUUCGCGAAGAAAUGAUAAAAAAUGCCUUUGGUGUAUUUGGUCCAAUCAAAUCAAUUAAUAUGAGUUGGGAUGCCGUUACAGGGCAUCACAAAGGUUUCGCAUUUUUGGAAUACGAAAUCCCAGAGGCAGCGCUUUUAGCACAGGAGUCGAUGAACGGUGUGCUGAUGGGCGGCCGCAAUCUCAAGGUCGGACGGCCAUCAAAUAUGCCACAAGCUCAGCCGAUUAUUGAAAUGGUGAUGCAGGAAGCGAAAGCAUAUCAUAGGGUUUACGUUGCAUCGGUUCAUCCGGAUCUCUCAGAAUCUGAUCUCAAAAGUGUAUUUGAAGCAUUUGGUGAAGUAACAAAAUGUCAACUAGCCAGAGCUACGGGACCGAACGCUGGAAGCGGACAUAGAGGUUUUGGAUAUUUGGAAUUUAGUAAUGCUCAGUCAGCAAAUGAAGCCAUUGCUGGGAUGAAUAUGUUCGACCUUGGUGGUCAGUAUUUACGCGUUGGGAAAUGUAUCACACCACCGGAUGCACUAACAUAUAUCGUUCCCACAUCUGCCGUGAAUCUGCCGACAGCUGCAGCUGUUGCAGCUGCUGAAGUUACUGCUAAAAUUCAAGCCGAAGAAAUGACUGCAAAGAAGUCACCUGUUCACACUGCCAGCACGUCUCCGUUGUCAGGAGGUAUUACGGUUCGGCAAAGCUCACCGCAACCAUAUAAUAUGCAAGCGGCGCCACCGGUAGGUGUUCCAACAGUUCCGCCUGUUGGAAUAACAACUGUUCCAGUGGUCGGGCUUGCGACAAUAUCACCAGUAACAGGAGGAAAGCCGUAUGCUCCAGCGGUUGUUCCCCCAACACCUCCGCCAUCUACUGUAGUUGUUCCUAAUCAGAUUUCAACGCCACCUACACCUGUUGCAACGCCACCACUUCCACCGGGACCUCCUCCAGGUACUGGUGGUAGUACCCGUCGAGGAUUUGGUGGUUUUGCCGUGCAGACACCUCCUGUGCAAGUUGUUAGCAUUCCGCCACCACAAGUAAUAACAUCAAUACCAACACCCGCUACCACAAUUCCGGUACCACCGCCACCAGUUUCUUCAAUACCGCCACCUCCUGCAACAUUGUCGUCUACACAGUCAUUAAUAUCGAGGAUAAACAUUACCACUCCAACAAAUUCUGCUGUUGAACCUGCUACAUUUGCUCCACUUCCAGCUAACAUUGCCCCUAUAGAUCGUAAAACGAUGGCUACUACUGAUGGCGUAAUGGAUCAGCUUGCAAUUGGUCACGCAUCAACAAGUGAUUCCGGUAGUAUGGCUUUGGUUAUUUCUGAUAGUUCCAUACCAGGUCGACGCGAUUUGCAGAGGACGAGCGGAAGCAGUAAAGAAAAAGGAUCAAAACCGGAUGAUAAACCACAGAAAAAGAAGAAAAAAAAGCCAGUAUCCGUUGUACCAAAAGGACCACAGUUGAACACUCCUCAAGCACUGGAAGCAGCAAGCCGGGCUGGUGAACUCAAUGAUCAGAUGGCUGCGCAGAAUGCUAAUUCAGAUGAUGUAUCACUGGCUGCUCAAGAAGGGUUAGAAAUCAGAGGGAACGAUGCAAGGCAUCUGUUAAUGCAUAAACUAAUGCGAACAAAUCGAUCAACAGUAAUAGUGCUGAAAAAUAUGGUAACGAUUGAAGAAUGCGACGAUGAACUGGAGGGUGAAAUUCGUGAUGAAUGUAACAAAUAUGGCAAAGUGCAAGAGGUUGUAAUAGCUCAAGAUCCAGCAAACGGUAGUGUGAAGAUAUUUGUGCGAUUUGAUAAUCCACAGGAAGCAGAUACGGCGCGGCAGGCGCUAGACAAACGAUAUUUUGCUGGUCGUGAAAUUUCAGCUCAAAAUUAUGAUCAAAUACUCUUCGAUCAUAAUGAUUAUUCAGGAUGA